AUGACCCAGAAGAAAAGAAGAAGUACAGCUGCAGGGAACCAUGAACAGAGAAGCAGUACUGCUGCAAAGAACCAUGAACAGAAGAAAAGAAGCAGUACAGCUGCAGGGAACCAUGAACAGAGGAAAAGAAGCAGUACUGCUGCAGUUAACCAUGAACAGAAGAAAAGAAGCAGUACAGCUGCAGGGAACCAUGAACAGAAGAAAAGAAGUAGUACAGCUGCAGGGAACCAUGAACAGAAGAAAAGAAGCAGUACAUCUGCAGGGAACCAUAAACAGAAGAAAAGAAGCAGUACUGCUGCAGAGAACCAUAAACAGAAGAAAAGAAGCAGGAACCAUGAACAGAAGAAAAGAAGCAGUACAGCUGCAGGGAACCAUAAACAGAAGAAAAGAAGCAGUACUGCUGCAGGGAACCAUGAACAAAAGAAAAGAAGUAGUACAGCUGCAAGGAACCAUGAACGGAAGAAAAGAAGAAGUACAGCUGCAGUUAACCAUGAACAGAAGAAAAGAAGUAGUACAGCUGCAGGGAACCAUGAACGGAAGAAAAGAAGCAGUACAGCUGCAGGGAACCAUGAACGGAAGAAAAGAAGCAGGAACCAUGAAGGGAAGAAAAGAAGUAGUACUGCUGCAGGGAACCAUGAACAGAACAAAAUAAGCAGUACAGCUGCAGGGAACAAUGAACGGAAGAAAAGAAUUAAUACAGCUGCAGGGAACCAUGAACGGAACAAAAGAAGCAGUACAGCUGCUGGUAACCAUGAACGGAAGAAAAGAAGCAGUACAGCUGCAGGGAACCAUGAACUGAAGGAAAGAAGCAGUGCAGCUGCUGGUAACCAUGAAUGGAAGUAA